CCCUCCCCGCAGUCUCUUCCUGGUUCAGGGUGUUGUCACAUAGACAGAAGCUUGUGAGAUGCGUCUCUUGAGGUCCUAUUAGGGACCCCCAGCAGUCCUGAGAUGACGCACAGGAUGCUCUGGUAUAUUGGGGGUCUCCUGGCUCUUCUCGUUGUGUGGCCCUACAGCACAGGUCAGGGGCCCCUGAUGGACAUGAGAUAUGGAUGGAGUAAUGUCACCUGCAGCACCUGUAAAGCUCUGGUCAUCGCCCUGGACAUCAGUCUGCAGGUGGAGAGUAACAUGGAGCUGGUGGCGGAGGUGGCGGUGAAGGUGUGUAAGACGUUACACCUGGAGGAGGAGGGAGUCUGUCAGCAGGUGGUGGAGCUCUUUAAGCAUGAGAUGAUCACUGCCUGGGUUAUGUCGGUCCUCCGCCCAUCCGAGGUUUGUGGGCUUCUUUUGGGCCGUGACUGUGGACACUGGGACAUCGGCUCAGAAUGGAAUAUUACCCUCCCACCAGUGCCAAAACCCCCAGCACACCCACCUGUCCCACCCCAGCCGGGGUCCCCUGUCUCUCGGGUGCUGUUCCUCACAGACAUUCACUGGGACCACAGCUAUUCUCCUGGGUCCCCCGCUACCUGUAAGGAGCCACUCUGCUGCCGUAACCACUCCACUUCAAGUAGUCACAACCCCUCCGGAUACUGGGGCGAGUACAGCACCUGUGACCUUCCUCUGCACACCAUCGAGUCUCUGCUCCAGCACGUGUCCACCAAUGGACCGUUUGAGCGGGUGUACUGGACGGGCGACAUACCAGCUCACAAUGUGUGGGAACAGACGCGGUCACAACAGCUGGGGGCCCUCACUAUUAUUACUGGCCUGAUAAAGAAGUAUUUGGGCCCAGUACCUGUAUACCCAGCGGUGGGAAACCAUGAAAGUGCCCCCGUCAACAGCUUCCCACCCCCCUCAGUGUAUGGAAACCUUUCCUCCGGAUGGCUCUACCACGCCAUGGCACAGGAAUGGCAAGGUUGGCUGCCGCACCCUGCACUGGAGACGCUCAGGACCGCAGGUUUUUACACCACCAGGAUUGCACCAGGCUUACGCUUGGUUUCUCUUAACAUGAACUUUUGCGCCAUUGAGAAUUUCUGGCUUCUGAUCAACUAUACAGACCCGGCGGGGCAGCUGCAGUGGUUGGUGGGGGUCCUGCAGGAUGCCGAGAACAACCACGAGAAGGUGCACAUUAUCGGGCACAUCCCCCCGGGGCUCUGCCUGAAGAGCUGGAGCUGGAAUUAUUACCGAAUUGUUAGCAGGUAUGAGGGCACCAUCGCUGCCCAGUUCUUCGGACAUACGCACUUGGAUGAGUUUGAGAUCUUCUAUGAUGAAGAGACAUUGUCCAGACCGCUGUCUGUGGCCUUUAUUGCACCAAGCGUCACCACCUUCAUCAAUCUGAACCCAGGCUUCCGUGUGUACCUGGUGGACGGGGAGUACCCAGAGAGCUCACACGUGGUAUUGGACCACGAGACCUACAUCCUAAACCUGACUGAAGCCAAUAAGAAGCCGCAGGAGAAGCCUCAAUGGAUCCUCCUGUACAGCGCCCUCCGCACCUACGGGAUGAAAUCUGCCUAUCCAUCUGACUGGGAGGACCUGGUGCAGAGGUUCCUCCGGGACGACCAACUGUUCCAGACCUUCUGGUAUCUCUACCACAAGGGCCACGUGGGUGAAGUCUGCCAGGAGUCAUGUAAGACUGGUGUCAUCUGUGCCCUGCGUACAGGGAGAUCCAGUGACCUCAGACUAUGUAAAGAUCUGGAUGUCUAUGGGAAACCGGCCCAGAAAAGGAAAUCUCUCUGCUGAACAGACAUGUGUUCUGCAUCUUAGAGAUCAGAGGCCCCCGACUCCAUGUGUCCUCCAAGCCUCUGCCCAACCAGGGAGAACAUCUGAAUUAAGUUAUUGUCCUAUGUGGAGACAGAUGGACCCUUGGAAGCCGGCUGUGACUGAGGACUGGAGUACAGUGAGGGGUCCGCACAUCUCAAGAGGUUACAGGCCAUUUGGACCUUUGUGGACACAUCCUCCGAGCUCCUAUUAAUAAUGGCACAGUGAGGGAGUCUCAAGGUGUCUCAGGGAAUCUCAGGAUUUCUCCUAACACAACAUGUGUGACCUGAGGAACCGGACACGCAGACUCUUCACAGGUCACACCCUGAAGGUCACACAUGUCACGCCCUGAAGUUUACAGUGAAUUAACACUAUGCGCCCCCCCCCCCUUACACACUUCAGAUGAUUCCAUCCAAUAACCUCCUGUCCUGUCCCCUCCUUAUACACCACCCCCACUUUAUACAUCUUAUUCUCUCCACCUCAGACCCUCACAUCAUCUCACAACCCACCUACUGACUCCAUCCUGCUCACCACCACACAUGAUCCUAAACCCAACAAGUCACCUUCUCUUCACUAAUCCUUAAGCUUCUACAGACCUGAUCCUCCCCCACCAGCAGACCUGUCCUAAACCUUUUACAGACCUGACCCACCAUUCCUGACCCCCCCCCCCCCCACCACCAGACCUGUCCUAAACCUUCUAUAGACCUGAUCCACCAUUCCUGAUCCUCCCCACCAGGCCUGUCCUAAAUCUUCUACAGACCUGAUCCACCAUUCCUGAUCCUCCCCCAGCAGACCUGUCCUAAACCUUCUACAGACCUGAUCCACCAUUCCUGAUCCCCCUACCACCACCAGCAGACCUGUCCUAAACCUUCUACAAACCUGACUCACCAUUCCUGUCCCUCCCCCCAACAGACCUGUCCUAAACCUUCUACACACCUCACUCACCAUUCCUGAUAUCCCACUACCACCCCCACCACCAGACCUGUCCUAAGCCUUCUACAGUCCUGAUCCACCAUUCCUGAUCCUCCCCCACCAGAACUGUCCUUAACCUUCUACAGACCUGAUCCACCAUUCCUGGUCCUCCCCCCUACAGACCUGUCCUAAACCUUCUACAGACCUGACCCACCAUUCCUGAUCCCACCACCACCACCAGACCUGUCCUAAGCCUUCUACAGUCCUGAUCCACCAUUACUGAUCCUCCCCCACCAGACCUGUCCUUAACCUUCUACAGACCUGACCCACCAUUCCUUAUCCUCCCCACCAGACCUGUCCUAAACCUUCUACAGACCUGACCCACCAUUCCUAUUCCUUCCCCCACCAGACCUGUCCUAAACCUUCUACAGACCUGACCCACCAUUCCUGAUCUCCCCCCCCCACCAGCAGACCAGUCCUAAACCUUCUACAGACCUGACCCACCAUUCCUGAUACUCCCCACCAGAUCUGUCCUAAACCUUCUACAGGCCUGACCCACCAUUCCUGAUCCCCCCCCCCCCACCACCACCAGACAUGUCCUAAACCUUCUACAGACCUAAUCCACCAUUCCUGAUCUUCCCCCGACCAGAUCUGUCCUUAACCUUCUACAGACCUGACCCACCAUUCCUGAUCCUCCCACCACCACCACCACCAGACCUGUCAUAAGCCUUCUACAGUCCUGAUCCACCAGUACUGAUCCUCCCCCACCAGACCUGUCCUAAACCUUCUACAGACCUGACCCACCAUUCCUGAUCCUCCCCCCACCAGGCCUGUCCUAAACCUUCUACAGACCUGACCCACCAUUCCUGAUCCUCCCCACCAGACCUGUCCUAAACAGUCUACAGACCUGACCCACCAUUCCUUAUCCUCCCCACCAGACCUUUCCUAAACCUUCUACAGACCUGACCCACCAUUCCUGAUCUCCCCCCCACCAGAUCUGUCCAUAAUCUUCUACAGACCAGAUCCACCAUUCCUGAUCUUCCCGCCACCAGCAGACCUGUCCUAAACCUUCUACAGACGUGACCCACCAUUCCUGACCUCCCCCACCAGACCUGUCCUAAACCUUCUACAGACCUGAUCCACCAUUCCUGAUCCUCCCCCACCACGUGACCUGUCCUAAACCUUCUACAGACCUGACCCACCAUUCCUGACCUCCCCCACCAGACCUGUCCUAAACCUUCUACAGACCUGACCCACCAUUCUUGAUCCUCCCCACCAGACCUGUCCUAAACCUUCUACAGACCUGACCCACCAUUCCUGAUCUCCCCCCCACCAGAUCUGUCCAUAAUCUUCUACAGACCAGAUCCACCAUUCCUGAUCUUCCCGCCACCAGCAGACCUGUCCUAAACCUUCUACAGACGUGACCCACCAUUCCUGACCUCCCCCACCAGACCUGUCCUAAACCUUCUACAGACCUGAUCCACCAUUCCUGAUCCUCCCCCACCACGUGACCUGUCCUAAACCUUCUACAGACCUGACCCACCAUUCCUGACCUCCCCCACCAGACCUGUCCUAAACCUUCUACAGACCUGACCCACCAUUCUUGAUCCUCCCCCGCCAGACCUGUCCUAAACCUUCUACAGACCUGACCCACCAUUCGUAAGCCCCCCCCCCCACCACCACCAGCAGACCAGCACUAAAUGUUGUACAGACUGACCUUUCGCCCAGCAACCACCCCACCCCCGCCCUGUGUAAACAUUUGCACUUUUUUUAAUGAAGUAGAAGAGGAACCUGAUUCCUGAAUGUCUACAAGACUCCAACACCGAACAGGUCACCGCACGAAGGGCACAUGACCCACACACAGCAGGAUCGAGGGAACAAGGCCAAAAGGACCCAGAAAAAAACAUCAACUGCUGAAAUCCACAGAGACUACGACUAAACAGAGAAGACUGAGGGCCAGACUGUAACCAAACUGAAGAUCCCGGAGAAGAGAGCAAAUAAGAUUGUACAAUCAGAUUGUAUGUAAUAAAGAGGAAAUGAAAGAAUGAAAAAUAUACAAAGAUUUGAGAUAUCUGAGUGUGUUGUGUAGGAUCCCCCACAAUAGAUUAAUCUACAGAUCCCC